CACUCUUCCGCGCGCAUCCACGCCGAAGCGUCCCUAAAACAAAUUGCGAGCGCUCGCUAGUGCAUGCGAGGACACCCGACCCUGCCCCCCUAUAUCACUAACGUCGCCUCUUUGAUUGACAAUCACAGCCCCGCCCCUUUUGUGCAGAACUCCCGCCGGAGAGGCAAACGCUGACGGACCGAGCAGAAGCCAACGCGCGCACGGAGGAGCUGUUCAUCGGCAGCAGAACCGCAGCCCGUCGGCCCGUCUUGGAAUCCUGAGACCGAAAAGAGGGUCGAUCGCCAUGACGACGGAGAUGCAAGAAAUCACCAUCACGGAGGACAAGCCGCUGCUCACCGCUCAGGCCGACGCCGGCAAGCAGGAAGCCGAGUUGGCCGCCAGGAUACUUCUCGACCAAGGCCAGGAACACAAUGUGGAGACGCCCCACGGAGUCCUACGCGUGACGCUGCACGGCACGCGGAACAGCCGCCGGCCCGCCAUCCUCACCUUUCACGACGUCGGCCUGGACAGCAAGAGCUGCUUCCUGCCCCUGUUCAAAUUUGAAGAGAUGCAAGAGAUAGUCAAGAAUUUCACACUGAUCCACAUCGACGCUCCGGGACAAGAGGACGGGGCGGCCGUUUACCCGGCGGGGUACCAGUACCCAUCCAUGGAGACCAUCGCUGAGAUGAUUCCAGCUGUACUGCAGUUCUUCAACUUCCGUACCGUGAUCGGAGUGGGCGUUGGUGCCGGGGCGUACAUCUUGAGCAGGUUCACGCUGGCGAACCCGGAUUCCGUGGAGGGCCUGGUUCUGGUCAACAUCGACACCAACGCCAGAGGGUGGAUGGACUGGGCGGCCCAAAAGCUCAGCUCUGUGACGUCAUCCCUUACAGAACAGAUCAUGUCCCAUCUCUUCAGCCAGGAGGAGCUGUCCUCCAACACAGAUGUGGUGCAAUCUCACAGAGACCGCAUCAAUAAAGCGCCUCACCUGCCAAACAUCGAGCUCUUCUGGAAGAACUACAACAGCCGCAAAGACUUGAACCUGGACCGCAGCUGCACUUUCAAGUGUCCGGUCAUGUUGGUUGUCGGUGAUCAAGCGCCGUACGAGGACGCCGCCGUUGAAUGCAACAGCAAACUGGACCCCACGACCACAUCCUUCCUCAAGAUGGCGGAUGCAGGCGGUCUCCCUCAGCUCACACAGCCCGCCAAACUGACCGAGGCGUUCAAGUACUUCAUCCAGGGAAUGGGCUACAUGGCGUCUUCUUGCAUGACCCGCCUGUCGCGCUCGCGGACCACCUCCCUCUCCUCCUCGUAUUCCAUGGAAGGCUCGCGUUCGCGCACGUUGUCCCAGGGCUCGCAGGGGGGACAGAUGCCGCCCAGCCCCUCGCAGACCAUGGAAGUGUCCUGCUGAAGCGACAGCGGGCCGGGGGAGAAAGUCGAGAGGAACGGAAACAGCUCGAGACCCGUAAUUGUCACUGCAACUCCUGUCAUUCCCCCGUGAAAGGGAAAGUGGGAAACAUCUUUCGUCCAAAUCCUUGCAUCGGGCGCGACACGGCACCCCCGAGCUCUGUCGUCAGCCCUUGAAUUUAGCACAAAUGGUCGCUAGCGGCCCUAACUCAUAGUAAUAGUACUAAAAAAACUGACAAACUGAUGUGUUGUACACAAAAGGUAGACUUUAGCAGAGCUCAUCCCUCGACCCAUUUUGCAUAUUUGUACCGUCGUCAGGUCGUUCCGUCUUCCGGCCUCCGCUAGCGCUUUUGCGGAAGCUUUUCUGUUUCUCGUCCACCGACUACUUUUGAUGCGAGCGCCCGCCACGCUACUUCAGAAGGGAUCACUGUGUUAUCUUCCGGGUUUUAAGCUCUCCGAACCUUAGAUACCUCGAGUCGCCAUACCUGAGUCGGUCGUUCACUCAUUGACGGCGAUAGACGUCCAAUUCAUUUGUUAGUGGGAGGCACUGGCUUCAAACUAAUGAAUUUAUAGAUGAAUUUGUCAACAUAUGAAUCCAUCAAACUCUGUGAUUAAUCACAUUCACUGCCAAUUGCGUUUCGGUGCUAUUUACUGAUUAAUCGCAAAAUUUGUUGACAGAUUAUCAAAUAUCGCAAUAAGUCGCUAUAUUUUUUGGGACAGAUGAAUCUGUCAUGAACUCAUUCACUACCAAUAAUCAUGUUUCUGUGUCAUUGGCGGGAAUGAAAUUCAUAAAUUAAUCUGAAAAUUAGUAAUUUAUUGGCUGCCAUUGACGUUAUUGAAAUGGAUUGGACGUCUACUCGUGAUAAACUCAUUUCAAUUCACAGCUGAAGAAGGAUUGGACGUCCAUCAUCUGUCAAUUGCACUGAAAGAGUAAGAAAACCUGACUUUAUUUGAAUGAUCAGUUUGUAAAAAUCCAAAUUUUCCGCUCAAUAAACAAAAGCCAAACACUGCCAGAAGUUACGCUUGGAAGAAGAAAUGACAAAUUUCAAAGUUUCACCGCGGUGAAAAAGAAAAUGAGCAGCUCUGGUGUGAGAAGUACAGGGGGACAGCGACAGAAACAAAAUAAAUUGAAGCAAUCUGGUGCGCACCAGAUUGUUUCUAGUGCACAUUAACAUGAUAAAGCAUUUAAGUUGGGAAACUUUUGCUAUUCAAGUUAGCCAAUUGUUGCAUUGUUGCAAUUGGCUAACUUGCAUAGCAAAACUCCACUAGCUUAAACACUAUAUAAUGCUAAUGUUUACAACAAUUGGCUAACUUGCAGAGCAAAUGUCCGCUAGCUUAAAUGCUGUGUAAUGCUAAUGUUCGUAACAAUUGGCUAACCUGAAUAGCGAAAGUCCACUGGCUUAAAUGCUAUAUAAUGCUAAUAUUCACAACAGUUGGCUAACUUGCAUAGCAAAAGUCCACUUGCUUAAAUGCUAUCUAACGCUAAUGUCUACAUUAACUGGCUAACUUGCAUAGCAAAUGUCCAAUAGCUUAAAUUAUAUCUAAUGCUAAUGUUUACAACAAUUGGCUAACUUGCAUAGCAAAUGUCCACUAGCUUAAAUUAUAUCUAAUGCUAAUGUUUACAACAAUUGGCUAACUUGCAUUGCAAAUAUCCACUAGCUUAAAUGCUAUCUAAUGCUAAUGUCUACAUUAACUGGCUAACUUGCAUAGCAAAUGUCCACUAGCUUAAAUUAUAUCUAAUGCUAAUGUCUACAACAAUUGGCUAACUUGCAUAGCAAAUGUCCACCAGCUUAAAAUCUAUCUAAAGCUAUUGUCUAUAACAAUUGGCUAACUUGCAUAGCAAAAGUCCUUUAGCUUAAAUGCUAUAUAAUGCUAAAGUUUGGAACAAUUGGCUAACUUGCAUAGCAAAGUCCGCUAGCUUAAGUGCUAUACAAUGCUAAUGUUCACAACAAUUGGCAAACUCUCAUAGCAAAUGUCCGCUAGCCUAAAUGUUGUAUAAUGCUAGUGUUCACAACAAUUGGCUAACUUGCAGAGCAAAAGUCUGCUAGCUUAAAUGCGAUACGAUGCUAAUGUUUAUAGCAAUUGGCUUUCAUGAAUAGCGAAAGUCCACUAGCCUAAAUGCUAUAUAAUGCUAAUGUUUACAACAAUUGGCUAACUUGAAUAGCAAAAGUCCACUAGCCUAAAUGCUAUAUAAUGCUAAUGUUUACAACAAUUGGCUAACUUGAAUAGCAAAAGUCCACUACCCUCAAUGCUAUAUAAUGCUAAUGUUUACAACAAUUGGCUGAAUUGCAUUGCAAAAGUCUACAAGCUUAAAUGUGAAAUAAUGCUAAUGUUUACAACAAUUGGCUAACUUUCAUAGCAAAUGUCCACUCGCUUAAAUUCUAUAUAAUGCUAAUGUUUACAAAAAUUGGCUAACAUGCAUAGCAAAUUUCCACUAGCUUAAAUGCUAUAUUUAUGUUUACAACAAUUGGCAUAACUCUCAUAGCAAAAGUCUGCUAACUUAAAUGUUAUACAAUGCUAAUGUUUACCAGAUAGUUUCUGGUGCGCACCAGAUUGCUUCAUUGAUUUUAUUUCUGUCAAAGUCCCUCUCAGGGCUCCGUAGUGAAGUCCAAGAUGGAUGUGUGAUGUUUUCCCCAUUUUUAUUCCUGGUUGUCCCAUCUUUGUGUGGAAUUUUUCUCUAAAUGUGUGAUUAUUUCACUUUUUUUUGCAUUAGGGAGCGUCAUGUAAUUCAUCUGAAAAGAAAAUGCAAUACUAGUGUGACAAACAUAAGUGUGUAACAUAAUGAAACAUGAAUAAAAACUUACAAAGAACUCGAAA